GCCCCCGGGCCGGCGCGCCUGGGCCCGGGCCCCGGAGGAAGCCGGCGGCCCGCGCGGAGGAGGCGGCCGGGAGGAGUUGGAGUGCCCAGGGCUUGAGCAUCGAUCUGACAAGAUCUGAGAUGUAGACACCACCAGGCCAGCUCAGCCCCCCAUUCGGACCGUCCCUCAUCUCUCCCCAUGGGGGUCCUGGGCCUGGGUCCCCCCGAUCCACACCUUCCUCUGCAACAUGAGGACCUGUGAUGUAUUCCACAAGUAGAUGAUGGGAGGAGACCUGGAUAAAGGACCCGGCUGAACCUCUGCAGCCUCCAAGUGCAGCGCCCAUGUGGGCUUCCGGGGCAGACGGCUACAACCUCAGCACCCUCGGCGUUUUUUGGGGCCUCACAGACCACAAGCAGCAGAGAGGGAAUUUGAGAGAACACACGGAGACGGGGCUGGGACGCAGCUGGCUUGAAACCCUGUCCCAGGCAUCCAGGCUGCAGAUCCAGUGGGAGACUGGCCAAGGGAGAACAGGAGCCAGCAGGAAGUAUAUGUAUCAGAGCUCAGGGACAGCUCCGCAUCUCCUGUUUAUUGAGCACCUGCCACAUGCCAGGAGGCGGGUCCGAGAUGGACGAGUACAUGGAGACGCUGAAGGACGAGGAGGACGCCCUGUGGGAGAACGUGGAAUGCAAUCGGCACAUGCUGAGCCGCUACAUCAACCCGGCCAAACUCACCCCCUACCUGCGCCAGUGCAAGGUCAUUGAUGAGCAAGACGAAGAUGAAGUGCUUAGCGCCCCCAUGCUGCCAUCCAAGAUCAACCGGGCAGGCCGAUUAUUAGACAUUCUACACACCAAAGGGCAAAGAGGCUAUGUGGUCUUCUUGGAGAGCCUAGAAUUUUACUACCCAGAACUGUAUAAACUGGUGACUGGGAAAGAGCCCACCCGGAGAUUCUCCACCAUUGUGGUGGAGGAGGGCCACGAGGGCCUCACGCACUUCCUGAUGAACGAAGUCAUCAAGCUGCAGCAGCAGAUGAAGGCCAAGGACCUGCAGCGCUGCGAGCUGCUGGCCAAGUCCCGGCAGCUGGAGGAUGAGAAAAAGCAGUUGACGCUUACACGGGUGGAGCUGCUGACCUUCCAGGACCGGUACUACAAGAUGAAAGACGAGCGGGACAGCUACAAUGAUGAGCUGGUCAAGGUCAAGGACGACAACUAUAACCUGGCCAUGCGCUACGCCCAGCUCAGUGAAGAGAAAAACAUGGCUGUGAUGAGAAGCCGAGACCUCCAACUUGAGAUUGAUCAACUAAAGCACCGGUUGAAUAAGAUGGAGGAGGAAUGUAAGCUGGAGAGAAAUCAGUCUCUGAAGCUGAAGAAUGACAUCGAGAGUCGGCCCAAGAAGGAGCAGGUCCUGGAACUGGAGCGAGAAAAUGAAAUGCUGAAGACGAAGAUCCAGGAACUGCAGUCCAUCAUCCAGGCCGGCAAGCGCAGCCUGCCAGACUCAGACAAAGCCAUCCUGGACAUCCUGGAGCAUGACCGCAAGGAAGCACUGGAGGACCGGCAGGAGCUGGUCAAUAAGAUCUACAACCUGCAGGAGGAGGUCCGCCAGGCUGAGGAGCUUCGGGACAAGUAUCUGGAGGAGAAGGAGGACCUGGAGCUCAAGUGCUCAACCCUGGGGAAGGACUGCGAAAUGUACAAGCACCGCAUGACCACUGUCAUGCUGCAGCUGGAGGAGGUGGAGCGUGAGCGGGACCAGGCCUUCCACUCCCGAGACGAAGCUCAGACCCAGUAUUCACAGUGCCUGAUCGAGAAAGACAAGUACCGGAAGCAGAUUCGUGAGCUGGAGGAGAAAAACGAUGAGAUGCGGAUUGAGAUGGUGCGGCGGGAGGCCUGCAUCGUCAACCUAGAGAGCAAGCUCCGGCGCCUCUCCAAGGACAGCGGGACACUUGACCAGAGUCUUCCCCGGAACCUGCCAGCCACCAUCAUCCCACAGAGCUUUGGGGAUGCCAGCCCCAGGACCAAUGGUCAGGAAGCUGAUGACUCAUCCACCUCUGAGGAGUCACCAGAAGACAGCAAGUACUUUCCACCCUACCACCCACCUCGGCGCAGGAUGAACCUGAAGGGCAUCCAGCUGCAGAGAGCCAAAUCCCCCAUCAGCCUCAAGCGAGCAUCUGAUUUUCAAGUCAAGGGCUUCGGAGACGACACCACAGAUGCCAGCCCCAGCUCUGCCCGCUCUUUGCCCAUCACCAGCUCCUUCUCCAAGAUGCAGCCCCACCGGAGCCGGAGCAGCAUCAUGUCAAUCACUGCCGAGCCCCCGGGCAACGACUCCAUCGUCAGGCGCUGCAAAGAAGACGCGCCACCCCGCAGUGCAGUUGAAGAAGACAAUGACAGCUGCGGGUUCGACGCCUUAGAGCUGGACGAUGACAGUCACGACCGCUACUCCUUCGGCCCUCCCUCCAUCCACUCCUCCUCCUCCUCCCACCAGUCAGAGAGCCUGGACGCCUACGACCUGGAGCAGGUCAACCUCAUGUUCCGGAAGUUCUCUCUGGAAAGGCCCUUCCGGCCCUCGGUCACCUCUGUGGGGCAGGUGCGGGGUCCGGGGCCAUCAGUGCAGCACGCAACAGUCAACGGUGAUGGCCUGUUCACUCAGCUCACUCUGCUGGGGGGCAACGCACGAGGAAGCUUCGUCCACGUGGUCAAGCAGGGCUCGCUGGCCGAGAAGGCAGGACUCCGUGAGGGCCACCAGCUGCUGCUGCUGGAAGGCUGCAUCAGAGGGGAGAGGCAGAGUGUCCCCUUGGACACGUGCACGAAGGAAGAGGCCCGCUGGACCAUCCAGAGGUGCAGUGGCCCUGUCACCUUGCACUACAAGGCUAACCACGAAGGGUACCAGAAGCUGCUCAGGGACAUGGCAGAGGGCCUGAUCACAUCGGGAGACUCCUUCUACAUCCGCCUGAAUCUGAACAUCUCCAGCCAGCUGGAUGCCUGCUCCAUGUCCCUGAAGUGUGACGACAUUGUGCACGUCCGUGACACCAUGUACCAGGACAGGCACGAGUGGCUGUGUGCAAGGGUCGACCCCUUCACGGACCAUGACCUGGACAUGGGCACUAUACCCAGCUACAGCCGGGCCCAGCAGCUGCUGCUGGUCAAGCUGCAGCGCCUGAUGCACCGGGGUAACCGGGAGGAGGCAGACACGGUGCACCACACCCUGCGGGGGCUCCGGAACACCCUGCAGCCUGAAGAGCCGCUUUCAACAAGCGACCCCCGGGUCAGCCCACGCCUCUCCAGAGCAAGUUUCCUCUUCGGCCAGCUCCUCCAGUUCGUCAGCAGGUCGGAGAACAAGUACAAGCGCAUGAACAGCAGCGAGCGGGUCCGAGUCAUCUCUGGGAGCCCUCUGGGCAGCCUGGCCCGUGCCUCUCUGGAUGCCACCAGGCUCUCGGCCGAGAAGCAGGAAGAGCUGGACCCUGAGAGUGAGCUCAGCAGGAACCUCAGCCUGACCCCCUACAGCCUGGUGCGUGCCUUCCACUGCGAGCGCCGCCGGCCGGUGCUCUUCACACCCACUGUGCUGACCAAGACGCUGGUGCAGAAGCUGCUGAACUCGGGUGGCGCCAUGGAGCUCACACUCUGCAAGUCAGAUACUGUCACAAGAGAAGAGUUCCUCAAAAAGCAGAAGACAGAGACCAUCAUCUACUCCCGAGAGAAGAACCCCAACACUUUUGAGUGCAUUGUUCCUGCCAACAUCGAAGCUGUGGCAGCCAAGAACAAGCACUGCCUGCUGGAGGCCGGGAUGGGCUGUGUGCGCGACCUGAUCAAGUGCGGGAUCUACCCCAUCGUGCUCUUCGUGCGCGUGUGUGAGAAGAACAUCAAGCGCUUCAGCUGCUGCCUCGGCCCGAGACAGAGGAGGAGUUCCUGCGUGCCUGCCGCCUGCGGGAGAAGGAGCUGGAGGCACUGCCCUGCCUGUACUCCACAGUGGAGGCCGAGGCCUGGAGCAGUGUCGAGGAGCUGCUGCGUGUCCUCAAAGACAGGAUCUGCGAGGAGCAGCGCAAGACCAUCUGGGUGGACGAGGACCAGCUGUGAGCCCCGGGGCCUAGCAGUGAGCAAAGAGCCACGCGGCAGGGCUCUGCGCCGCCGUGAGAGAGCCCCCUCCGGGAAGCCAGGUGGAUGCACAAGGGCCCCGACUCCGGGCAGGAGCAGGGCUAGUGGCUGCCCGGCCAGUGCGCAGAGAUGGCGAGCAGAGGCCAUGGAGCCCGAGCCCCACGGCCGGCUGGCUCCUCACAGUCCAAGCAGCAGCUGAAUGUAACAUGUGGGAUGCCUGUGCCACCAGCGUGGCAGGGCCCUGGGGACCCACAGUGAGGCACCCUGGACAGGACAGGCCUGUGGGAAGGGGACAGGCGCUGUGCUGGUUCCCUCACAUCACAUGUCUCCACGUCUCUAAUCUCCAUUUCAUCAUUUGCACUUCCACCGUUUGCAGAGGUUUAGCUCUCACCGGCUUCCUAAGCUGUCCACCGCUGAGCUGAGGCUCGGAAGCGGCACGAGGCAAGGACAGGGCAAUGCCUGGGUCUGCACCCUCUGACCUGGUGCAUCCUGACCUGAAAAGAAGUGUAGUCACCUGGGGCAGGCUGUCCCUGCACUGUGUGAGACCCUGCACCCCAGCUGCGGCCCCAGCCCUGAGGCCAGAUGCCCUCAGCACUCCCUACAUGGUAUUGUUUAUUUUCAGUACUGGGAAUCAAACCCAGGGCCUUUGCACUGAGCUGUAUUCCCAACCCUUUUUAUUUUUUAUUUUGAGACAGGGUCUUGCUAAGUCACUAAGUUCCCCAGGCUAGGCUUGAACUUGCAGUCCUCCUGCCUCAGCCUCCCUGAGUGCUGGGAUCACAGGCCUAUGGCACCAUGCCCAGCUCCCCACAUGGUGUUGUCUCUGUCCUCUGCCUUCAUUGUCCCUACCACACAGUCCUCUAGCACGCUUAUUUCCCUUGCCUGGGACCAGGGCAGGUAGCAAAGACCUGCUGUUCUUCUCCUAGCCAGCUUGAGGCAAACUUGCCAACUAUGACCAGAUUGGGCCCAGCCAAAUCAGGCCAGGCCCACCCCAGCAGAGCACCACCCCAUGUGUUCAGGAAGGUGGUAGAACUGUGGGAGCAGCUGUGAGCUGACACUGCCUUCCUUUCCACAGAAACCUGAUUUUACCCUGAACAUCCAUGUAUACAGCUAAAUGACCAUAUGUCCCAGACUCCCUUGCAGCUAGAGCUAGUUAAGGAAAGGAAAGCCUUCAAAGAAAAAAAACAGACAGGGCUUCCCUUCCUUUUUCGGCCUGGGGUGCAGCAUGAUGGCUGGAGCUGUAACAGUCAAAUAGGAGUCGGAAUUUUGAGGUGACUGUGCAGAUGGAAAUCCCUGAGCAGAAGAUGAUGGGAGUGGAAAGAGCCAGAGUCACUGCUGACGUUUGGGAGCUGGGACUGCUGCUUGGUUUCUUUUACAUGAGGCAGAAAUAAAUAUUUAUCUUGUGUUAA